GGAAGAAACAAGGAGACAGCGAAAGACAGGGAAAAAAGGGAGAGCAAGGGUGGGGUGAGUCAACACUAUGAUUACUACCAUCAUUGUUUUUAUCACCAUCAGUAAAAGUAGAAACAGCGACAAUAUCAACACCUCUAAGAAAGAGGGGAGCGAGUCUGGGAAGGAAACAAUACCGAAGUCACUCGAUUGUCAGAAAAUAGCUAAAUCUCCCUUAAAUCAUUCAUUCUAACAUAUUUUAACACAGUCUUUGAUAGCUCUAAAAAAAAAGCGGUAACUGUUUGAAUGUCCUUGAGUAUUGGUCGUUAGUAUUAAGACUGACGUGGGUUAAACAUCAAGUGAGAAAAGUUAUACAACAAAAGGAUAAGAGAAAGAAAAGACCAACAAUUUGAAGUGGCUGAUAUUACAACGAUGUCCUAGUGUACACAGACAGUAUGGCGACGGGCUGGUAUUACGUUUACCCCUGUUGAAGGGCCAGUGUAAUCUGGUGAUUUUUGUAUUGAGAAGUGCUCCAUUAAUAAGUUGGCACCGGGAUCUGAUGUUAAUCUCACUUCAUUCUCUGUUGUACACUUGACCCAGCAACAUCGCAGCAACGUAGCAUCAUAUCUGUAAAAGAAACUAUGAAGGAAGCAACUGUUCUGUUAUAUAUUGUCACAUUGAUGGCAAGUGUGAUACAUAUCGAAACUAGCAGCUUCAUCGUCAACAAAAGAAAUAUCGUCAGUAACGUCAACCCCAAAAUCAUAACCUUUAACAAAACAGUGGAUUUAAUUGUUAAAGCGGCGACCUGCCACCCGGUGUGGAAUGCGUGUAAAAACGGCAAAAAGUGCAUUCGUGACAGUAAUGAUAGAAUAUACAAAUGCCGUUUGGUCAACAAUAACAACACUGACGGCAAUAACAGCAACAACAACGAGAUGAAUACGAACGUCACCAUCGCCAACAACAAUACUGACGACAUCAAGAACAUUACCAACAGCAAUAGCAGCAGCGAUGCUAUCGAUGCUAGCAUCAUCAACAACAGCAACACUAGCAGCAGCAACAUCAGCAUCACUGACAACAACGAAAGCUACAGUAAUAACUCCAAUGGUAUCAUCAUCAUCAACAACAACAACAGCAGCAACAGCAGCAAGAAUGACAACACGAACAAGAGCACUACCGUCAGCAUCAUCAAUGACAGCAGCAACAACAACAGAAAUGAGAGUAACCACAACGACGGAAGCUUCAACCCCAAAAUCAUAACCUUUAACAAAACAGUGGAUUUGAUUGUUAAAGCGGCGACCUGCCACCCGCUGUGGAAAGCAUGUAAAAACGGUAAAAAGUGCAUUCGUGAAGGUAAUGGUAGAAUAUACAAAUGCCGUAUGGUCAACAAUAACAACACUGACGACAACAACAACAACAGCAACAACACCACCAACAACAACGGGACCUCUGAAUCUCCAACUGUUUCACCCAAAAUCUGUACCGUGAAUUCGACUCAUUGUGGAAGCGAUGAAACGUGUGUGAAAUACAACAAUAGUUUGCAGUGCCGUAAGUUAAGUGACGGAGAACAGUACAUGUGUGAUCUAUGUGCCAAUGGUAUAUGUGUGCUUGGGAAUGACGGAGAUAUGUACUGUAGUUGCAAACCACAGUGGACAGGAGAUCUAUGCACUGAGCCUUGUCACAGGAACUGCACAAUUGGCAAUUGUAUUUUGUUACGAUAUGAAGAAUAUUGCGAGUGUCCAGGCAAUUUUACGCCUUCUUCGAACUGCACAGAACAAUACAAAGGCGGUCCUGAUGGAAACAAGAAGAAAUUAUUCCCAAUAGAUAUUAUUUUAACUGUUACAGCAGUUACUGUGAUUGUCUUAAUUUCACUCGUAAUGUGCCUGAUGUGGAAGAGACGGUUUCGAUUCUUUAUGAAGUUUGCACACUAUUUUCAGCCUUACGUAGACAAAGAGGAGAAGUUAUACGACGUAUUUAUUUCGUACAAAUCUUCAGAUGCAGACGAAAAUUGGGUGAAAAAUAUUUUGUUUCCGAAAAUCGAAGAUGACAUGGGAUUGAAAGCAUGCGUUCACUUUCGGGACUUCGUCCCGGGUGAGACUAUUUCAAACAAUAUCAUAGAAAGCAUACAAAACAGCAGAAGAACGCUUCUGGUGCUAACCAAUGAUUAUAUAGACAGCGAGUGGACCCGGAUGGAAUACCAAGUAGCCCAACAGGAAAUGUUCAAACUUCGUCACAGAAUUAUUCCUGUUAUUCUCGGUAAUUUCAAGGAUUUAGACAUCAAAGAUAAAAAUCUAAAAUUCAUUUUGGAAACAGUCACCUACCUACAAUGGCCAUCAGACUCAGAGGGCACUCAUCUUCAAACUGCAUUCUGGAACAAUCUGAAGAAGACUUUACGAAAUAAAUACCAGUCGAAGCAAGUUUCUACUUAAUUUUCUCUAAACUGACUCUCUGCUACGAAUUUUCAAAAAUAUUGAAUUUAUAUUUAUAUAUGUCUACAAGAGAUAUUAUCUCUGUCGUGCCUUCUUCGGUCGUGGAGAUCAAGGGCUCUUUCAUUAUGACGACUGAUACUUCGUCUCAGAAUUGUACCCGGAGUUUUUUCCUCAUUUCCAGGGAUAACGCUCGUAGCAGGUCUUCCAGAUCGCUCAUCGUUUUCCAGAGUCACUCUUCCGUUGUUUUUGAAGCCCCCCAUUCUACUCGAAACAUCGCGUACGACCCACUGCUUCGUCUUAAAGGAUG